CGGAUCUCUUGGCUCUGUGUUGUCCUCGAUUGAAUCCAUCCACUCCUUAGCCAGCUCCCCCGACGUUCUUUGUCCUCUCCAGCUCGCCUAGUCGAACGCUGCUGUUCCACUGCGCACACACUCGAUCCAUAGCAACCAUCCACUAUGUUACAACUCCGAGCGCUGGUUACUCCAGCUUUCGCCAAUCGCUUCUUCACCGCGUACACCUGCGCCAUCGUCUUUGCCGUUAUCCUCCGAUACUGCUUCUUUGAUGCGCGGGAUCCCUCGAAAUGCGGCGCCCUGAUGAAUGAGGGCGUGUGGCUCGACCAACCUCUCGAGAAACAUAGCGACUAUGUGCCCCGGGAAUGGCAGCCGCCCGGGUGCAUGAUCCACAACUACAAGCCGGCGGACAUCUCGACGUGUCUUUCCGGUCGCCGCGUCGUGUUCGCCGGCGACUCGACGAUCCGACAGCUGUUUUGGGGCGUGGCGAAGGCGCUCGAUAAGGAUGUCGACAUGAGCAAGGCGGAGAUGCACUCGGACAUCACCGUGGAGCAUGCCGGGGUCACCAUGGAGUUCUACUGGGACCCGUUCCUCAACUCGACCUCUACCAACCGCGAGAUUGAUAUGUUUGAGGGCGAUAAAUACUACCGCGAGAACUCGAAUAGAGCCGCCUUGAUGCUCAUGGGAUCUGGGCUGUGGUAUGCCCGGUUCGAGACGGUCAAUGGUAUGAAGAAGUGGAAGGACAACAUCGAUGGGAUCGCGCAGCACAUGCGAUACGGCAGGAAGACGACGGAUCUGACACACCAGGAUUUGCUGUUGCUCGCGCCUGUUCCUGUCCCGGCGUUUGAGAAGCUCAACGAGGAUCGUCGGAGGACUAUCACUCCCCAGAAGAUCUUGGAGAUGGACCAAUACCUGCAGCAGCUGUCGGAUAUCCAGGGUAUCGAUGUUGUGUGGGCUCUGGCUGUCAUGACUCGGGCCAUGCCACAGACUUUCGAGAAAUCCGGACUUCAUUUGGUCGAUUCGGUAGCGACCAAGCAGACGGAUUUGUUGCUCAACCUUCGAUGCAAUGCCAUGCUCCCGCCGAAGUAUCCCUAUGACAAGACUUGCUGCAUGAUGUAUGAGCCUCCGAACUAUCAGCAGUGGGCGGGUUUAUUCAUUGUGCUGGCCGUUCUUCCCGUGAUGUCGUAUCUUAGAAGCAAAGCGGAAGCGAAAGGAACUAGCCCCCCUCCAUGGUUGCCGUCCGACAAGAUUACACAUGCCCUGCUUGUGUUUGGGCUUUCAGUCGCAUACUGCUUCUACGCGGACCGUACGCAGGUGUUCAACAAGUUCCACAAGCAUUACACCACGUUCGGAUUCCUGAGCAUGACGCUGACGUGGCUUGUCAUGGGAUAUCUUACCGUUGGAAGGUCGGCCAUCAAUGUCCCCUCGCAGCCAUUCCUGUCCCGCCACCAGACGGACGAAUGGAAGGGGUGGUUGCAGUUUGCGAUCCUCGUCUACCACUACACCGGGGCUUCCAAGAUCCCGUGGAUUUACGGCUUCAUCCGAAUCACAGUGGCGGCAUACCUCUUCAUGACUGGAUACGGCCAUGCGGCGUACUUCUACAAGAAGGGUGACUAUUCGUUCAAGCGUGUGGCUGGUGUUCUCAUCCGGCUUAACCUCCUCAGUUGUGUUCUCCCCUACAUGAUGAAGACGGAAUACAUCUUCUACUACUUUGCCCCGUUGGUAACUUUCUGGUUCAUAAUCAUCUACAUCACCAUGCGCAUUGGAUCUCAAUACAACGGCAACAUGCGCUUCCUUGUGUCUAAGAUCAUUGUUUCUGCCUUCCUAACCGCGCUGCUCGUCAAGUAUCCCGGCGUGCUGGAGGCGCUCUUCGAGAUCCCGCGUGUCAUCGCCGGCACGCAAUGGAACGUUGCAGAAUUCCGAUUCCGUCUCUCCCUCGAUAUGUGGAUCGUGCACAUCGGCAUGCUCACGUCUAUCCUCGCUGCAAAGCUCAGUGACGGCUCCUCACCCUACUCCGGCAACCUCCCCCGACUCCGCAUAUACGCCAUCAGCGCCUCCUGCGUCUCCCUCCCCCUCUUCUUCCUCUUCCAGACCACGCGGGAGACAAAAUUCAUCUACAACGGGUACCACCCAUACAUCUCGUUCAUCCCGAUCCUAUCCUUCGUCGUGCUCCGCAACGCCACACCCAAGCUCCGGAACUGCCACUCUUCCAUCUUCGCGUGGCUCGGGAAGUGCUCGCUGGAAACCUUCACCCUGCAGUUCCACAUCUGGCUUGCCGCCGAUACGCGCGGCCUGCUGGGUCUGAACCUUACCGGCGCCUACGGGAGAGGCACGAACUUUGCCCUCGCCACCGCGCUGUUCCUGUUCACGAGCCAUUGUGUCGCUGGCGCCACGCAGGACCUGACUGGUUGGAUCAUGGGCGUGCCGGAGCCGAAGCAGGCGUUGCCGACUUCGAAGGAGGAGGCGGAUAAGGACCGGGCCGAGAAGGGCCUGGGGCUGAAGGUGAAGUGUGCGAUUAUUUUGGCGGGGUUGUGGGCGCUUAAUAUGACAUACACCCCGUGAGAGAGUAGUGUAUUGAGUAAUCGGGCGGAUGUGUAGAUUCCGGUAGAUGAAGU